AUGGCGACACUGAAUGUUCUCGCGUUUGAGCCUGACGGUCGCCCGAUAGAGUUUGCCACUUGGCUUGACGACCUGCAGCUGUUUCUUAUGACGGAUGCCAAAGACGGCGUUUCACUGUUCGAUCACGCUUCUGGCACUGCCGCUGCUCCUGCUGACAGUGCUCCUGCUCUUAACCACUCACAGUGGCAGACUCGCGAUGCUGCUGUGCGCCUCGCUAUCCGCAACCACCUGCCGAUCACUGAGCGCGCGCAUUUUACCGUAGGACGCCUCAUCCUGCCCUACCUGUUCCCCGACCUGUCCUCGUUUACCACCGCUGAGGACCUCAUCUCUCACCUCCGCGCUAGUGACGCCCGCUUUCGUGCCGCUCUUACCGACGAGUUCCUAGCCACGAACACCCCCCCGUUGUACUUUACCCUCUACAUCCUCGUCACCCGCCUCCCUGACACUCUUAGCUCGGUCAGGGACCAUUUCCUCGCCAAGGACCCUACCACUAUCACUCUAGCCGACUUCGAGCAGCAGCUCCUAGCAGCAGAGAAGAACAUCCUCGCUCUGCUGCUGCAGUCGACCUCCUCGGUGCUGAGAAGGUCGCAGCGGCUUCCGCUCCUAGUGGGAAGCGCGGCGGUGGCAGGGGCGGCAAGGGUGGCAGGGGUGGUGGAGGUGGCGGUGGAGGGAGCGGUGGUGGAGGCGGCGGGGGUGGUGGAGGUGGUGGGGGUGGUCGUGGGGGUGGAGGAGGUGGGUGGGGCGGUGGUGAGACCGGGAGUGGUGGAGGUGGCAGCGGCGGUAGUGGGGGAGGAGGCAGUGCUGGUGGCGGUGGUGGGUGGGGGCGGGGGUGGGACCAGCCAGAAGGGGAGCUCCAGUGGGGGCCAGCAGCAGCAGCAGCAGCGCCAGACCCCCUCUUCUCAGCAGCUCCAUGACUGGUAUGCCGGGCGUGGGGCGUCUGGGGGUCCUGGUCGCUGCCCCUAUGUCAUUCUCACUGGCCCCCGCAAGGGUCGCCCAUGCAACGGCUUUCACACUGAGUACCGCUGCUUUGCUCGGCUCAGCGACGCCUGGCGCGCCAAGUUUCCUGAUGCUACUGAAUUCCCCAACUGGGCAGAUCUGCUUAGGCGUGAUGUACCUAUUGAUGAUCUUGACUAUGAUGCAAUCCUUGCUGCCAUGUAUGCAUUGACUAUUAGUGCUGAGGGUGAUUGUUACUUGUGUGUCCCGCCUGACCCAGGUAUAGAGACUGCAGCCCUAGGUGCUAGUGAGUCUGCCCUCUCUGGUACUGCGUCAGCUCAGGCCUUGCACACGUUUACACUUGACUCUGGUGCUUCUCGCUGUUUCUUUCGCGACAGUACCACCGUCACCCCCCUCCCUGCACCUGUCCCUGUCUCACCGGCUGACCCCUCUGGAGGCCAAGUGCUUGCACGAGCCACGACUGUGCUUCCGUGCCCGGCGGUCCCGUCAAGUGAGCUGUCAGGUCUCCACGUUCCCUCGUUCUCUACAAACCUGGUGAGCAACGCCGUCCUUCAGGAUCACUGGGUUGACACCUGGACUCCUGGAGGGCAGCGUGUGGCGAUCUGCACUUGCUCUCGGACUGGCCGCCACCUGGCCACGUUCACUCGUGAGCCGGGGUCCAGUCUGUACACCCUCACCACUGUUUCACGCUACACCCCUUUGUCUCCACAGCUGUACGCGUCUGCUCAGGUAGCUACCCAGUGUGAGUGUCGCCGCCUGUCGCACGACACUCUCUUGUGGCACCACCGCCUUGGUCACCCCUCCCUGCCCCGCCUUCGUAGCAUGCACUCUCGCUCCCUGGUCUCUGGUCUUCCCAGGUCUCUGCCUGCCCUCCCUCCCUCACCUGCGCCGCCCCUCAUUCCUUGCGUCGAGGGGCGGCAGCGCGCCGCUCCUCACUCCUCCUCGUUCCCUGGACGUGUGGGGCCCCGCCCGCGUCCAGGGGCAGGGCCGCGAGCGCUCCGCGAGCGGUUCCAGUCGGACUUUCCUGUCUUGCGUCUGCACUCUGACAGAGGUGGUGAGUUCUCCUCCGACCUCUUGGCAGCCUUCUGUGCGGAGCACGGCAUCCGCCAGACGUUCACGCUUCCGGCCUCUCCGCGGAAGAAUGGGGUUGCUGAGCGCUGCAUUGGCUUAGUCAUGGAGGUCGCUCGUACCUCCAUGAUCCAUGCGGCUGCCCCCCAUUUUCUGUGGCCGUUUGCGGUCCGGUACGCUGCGCAUCAGCUCAACCUCUGGCCCCGUGUCUCCUUGUCGGAGACCUCGCCCACACUGCUGUGGAUGGGGGAGGUUGGCGAUGCGUCGCGUUUCCAGGUCUGGGGUGCUCGUGCCUUUGUCCGCGAUACCACCACGGACAAGCUCUCCGCUCACGCCAUUCCCUGUGUCUUCCUUGGUUUUCCCUUUGACGCGCCUGGCUGGCAGUUUUACGACCCCGCCUCGCGCCGUGUCUUUGCGUCUCAGGACGUCACCUUUGACGAGUCCGUAGACCCUCCCGUGCCUGCGCCUGUUGAGGUCACUGGUGACUCCGGUCCUGCUGGGGGUGGCGCUGUCUCUGGAGGUGCGGAGCCUGGGGGUGCGGAGCUUGAGGGUGCUCAGCCUGGGGGUGCAGAGCCUGAGCGUGAGGAGCCUGGGGGUGCUGAGACUGGGGGUGCAGAGUCUUGGGGCGUUGCGCCUUUGCGUGAGGAGCCUGAGGGUGCGGAGCCUGGCGGUGCUGCGCCUACGCGUGAAGAGACUGGAGGUACUGCGCCUGGGGGUGCUGCGUCUGGGGGUGCUGAGCCUGCGUGUGCGGAGUCUGGGGGUGCUGAGUCUGGGGGUGAGACGCCUGAGGGUACUGAGACUGCUGGUGCGCGGUCUCCUUGGAGCAGAUGCCUUCGUCCGCGUGUACCUCUCACCUCACAGCAGCUGCACGACUGGUACGGUCGCCGUCAGUGUCGCGCUGCUGGAGCUCGGAGUACUGCUGCUGGAGGUGCUUCUGUUGACGUUGCUAGUCCCGGAGGUGCUCGUACUGGAGGUACUGGAGCUGCUGGGGCUGGAGGCGCUGUGCUUGUGGGUGCUGCUGCUGGAGACACUGAGGCUGGAGACCCUGGGACUGGAGGUGCCGGUUCUGGGGGUGCUGCUGCUAGUAGAGCUGGUCCUGGAGGAGCUGGCGCUGGGGGUUCUGGAGCUGCUGGAGGUGCUGGAGCUGCUGGUGCUAGUGGCACUGCACAGCCACGCCGGUUCUUCGCUCCACCGUCUCCGUCGUCUCAGCCACCACCUGACUCUGUGCUUCGCCAGACAGGGGGUCUUGCUGAGCGUCGUGAGCCUGCGUCGCGUCCUGUCUCGUCUGUCCGCUCUGGUCGUUCCGGUCGUCGUGUUCCUCGUUCGCGUCAGCCGGCUGUCCCCGGCACACACCUCGUAGUCCGUCGUCCUUCCUCUGCUCCGCAGCCUGUUCCUCUGCCGUCUCCCCCUGCGUCCUCUCUGCCUGACGUUCCGGACCCUGAGUCUAACCGGUUUCGUGCUGAGCACCCUACUGUCACGCGUCUGUUAGCCACUGUUGUCACUGACCCGUCGUUUGAGUCUGCUGCUGCAUCUGCCUUGGUCGUUAAGCUUCUAGACUUUGCUGCUGCCUGUCAUCUAGACUACGCCGCUAGUCUCGUUGCUGAGUCUGAGUCUGUCUGUCCUCCAUCCGUCGGGGGUGAGUGUGCUCUUGGCACGGACGUCUUUGAGGACAGGCAGGAGGACCUUGAGUGUCUUGCGGCCGCUGCGCCUCAUCUCGUGGCCAUGCUGCUUGCCCCAGAGGGAGACCCGGAUGCACCAGACAUCCCUACCCCGCGAUCUUACGCUGAGGCGAUUGCGGGUCCCUACUCCUCUCAGUGGCAGACAGCCAUGGACGCAGAGAUGGCAUCCUGGAAGUCCACAGGCACUUACGUCGACGAGGUUCCCCCUCCAGGGGCGAACAUCGUCGAUGGCAUGUGGAUUUUCAGGGUGAAGUGGCCGCCGGGUUCUCCGCCUAUCUUCAAGGCUCGUUACAUUGCUAGAGGCUUCAGUCAGCGAAAGGGAGUUGACUUCUUCCAGACCUUCUCUCCCACCCCGAAGAUGACUACUCUUCGGGUGCUGCUGCACGUUGCCGCUCAGCGUGACUACGAGCUUCACUCUCUGGACUUCAGCACAGCUUUCUUACAGGGCAGCCUGUACGAGGAGAUCUGGCUGCGCCGCCCACCUGGCUUCACUGGGUCGUUCCCUCCUGGUACCCAGUGGAGCCUCCGGCGGCCAGUCUACGGUCUCCGCCAGGCGCCUCGUGAGUGGCACGACACACUGAGGACUACACUUGCGGCUCUUGGGUUUGCGCCUUCGACAGCUGACCCGUCUCUGUUUCUGCGCACCGACACUUCACUGCCGCCGUUCUACAUCCUCGUGUACGUCGACGACUUGUUGUGA